AUGCAUGUUGAUGCAGAAACUAUAUCCACGUCUAAUCCUUGGGAGAAAUUAGAUGAUGCUAUGGUAGAAAGACUAUUUUUACUAAUUCCCAUAUCUGAAAUCUUUGCUCACUGUCAGUUUGUUAGUAAGAGAUGGAAUUCAGUAAUUCAUUCUCCAACCUUUUCUAUCGUCUCGAAACGACCACCAUGGUUUAUAAUAUUUGAUGUAGCAAAUAGCAAUUGCCUUUUUUACGAUCUGGAAGUUUCUGAUUAUCGCCGACCAUGUUUCAUUGAUAAUUUUCGGAUACCUACUGAACUUGGCGGAAAAUUAGGCCAUCCAUUUGCUUCAUCUGGUGGAUUAGUAUGUUUUUUUGGUCCAAGUGAAAUUGAAAACUUGAUUGUUUAUAAUCCAUUUCGUGGGUUAGUUAGAAGCUUACCUAAAUUUUUGGUGACUAAAAAAGAAUAUGUUAGAGGAAUCGCAAUUCAUGCACUAGGCUCUAAUUACAAGGUUUUUAUAGUUCAUGGCGUAUGGCCAGAUUUGGGUACGAACUUUUUUUCAUCAGAAGAUAAGGAAGGUGUGACUAGUUUGGGUAAAGAAGGACAAAUAUUGGUUUAUUUCAUCAUCUUAAAGGGAAUUAUACUUUGUUUUGAUACCCUAAAAUAUACAAUAUGUAAGUACCCAAGAUUACUAGGACGAGAAUUUGUAGCAAUAGACAUGGAUGUAUGUUGUGGAAAAGUUUAUCUUGUGGUACUUAUGGAACCAUUAGUUGGUAUAUCUACGUCAACUUCUCAUGUUGAAAUUCCGAGAAGAACAUUAUGCAUCUGGGAAUUCGUCGAUGAGUCAAGAGAAUGGAAGCAUACUUCAGCAAUGCCAUCAAACAUGUGUCAAGAGUACGACAUUGAAGCUCAUCUCAUUUGUGCUGGUCAUGACGAUUAUAUAAUGGUUUGUAUCAACUCCACGCAUGAUAAUAUCUUCCACCAAAUAUUGUUAUAUAACAUAAAGAAGAAUACUUGGUCUGAGCUUGUACCAGAUUUUGACGAUGAUAACUUGAGAAUAGUUUGGGGAUUUUGUUUCAAGCCAGAUAUUGAUGCUAAAGUAUAG